AUGAAACCCGGAACAACUAAAGCACCACAUUGUUUACAAACAGCUGUUUUUACACCUGGCUAUCACCCAUAUUGCCGCAAAUCUUCGGAAUCUGCUGUCACUGUACCUGAUGUUCCUAGUUUUUCAACACUCUUUGAGAAGACCAAAGAAGCCUUGGGAGGCGCAGACUCCGGACUUACAGAAUUCGAGAGUGCCACUGGUAUUCCUAACCGAUUCCUGCUCCCCAAGGGUAAUGAACAGGGUCUAGAAUUCGACCUUGUUGUUGCCGUGACUGAUGGCGCAGCCGACGCAGCAUUGGAUGGCCUCCACGAAAAUACUGAAUUCAAUCACUACGGUUCCCAUGGAAAGUACCCUGACAAUCGCCCACAUGGCUAUCCUCUCGAUCGCAAGGUUCCCGACGAACGUGUAUUCGAAGAUCUUCCCAACUUCGGUCACAUCCAAGUUAAGGUCUUCAAUCAUGGCGUACACAUCAAACAAAAUUAGGAUGCACCGCUAUUUUUAUAAUAGUCAUUUCUGGAUUUAGCCAUGAACUGCGAACUGCUAUCAAAUAAACAAUUUUCUAAGUGAGAUUUCAGCAAUGACCAAUGUAUUCACCACCGAUGUAUUACAGUCAAGGAAUGUGGAAUAUGAUCUUUGCUCCUUCAUUAUAGGUGAAGAUAUGAAACCCAAUAUUAAACUGAACAUGGAAUAUUAAUAAAUUAUAUUGCAAUUAAAA